AUGGCUAGCAAGACGCGCAAGAUUCCCUCGGAGGAUUGGGAGCGCCACAAGGAAACUAUUCUGAGCCUCUACCUUACUUCUGAUCUCUCCGGGGAUGAAUUGGUUCAGACCAUGGAAAAGGACUUCGGAUUCGUUGCGACUAUAUCACAAUUCGAAGCCCAACUACGAGUUUGGAACGCUCGUAAGAAUAUAAAGAGAGACGAAUGGGAAGUGAUCUUGCCGAAGAUUGAUAACCUAUUUUCUCGCGGUAUUCAGGUCAGGGUGAUGAUAGCAGGUCACCCUGUUCCAAUGGACAGAAUCCAUCGAGCCAAACGCUACCCCAAGGGUGAUCACCAUCCUCGAAAGCGACGCCGGAUCGAAGAGCGCUCAAACCGGGCGACAAACAGUGCCGACGGAGGGGUUGCCAUUGAAAUUCAGGACUCCGACGGCAACUGGACUCCAUAUAUAGACGCAGCUAGGGAAAAUACCCCCUUCCAGCGACAAUCACCAGGCAUCGACGAAAUACUAGAGUUCGCUGAACAAGAGGUUCAAGUCGAAAACUACUCUGCUCAAGUUGUCCCACGCCCCGAUGCCAUCGAGUCCCCGACACUCCCAGAUACACUUCCGCUCAUGACAUACAAUCAGUUCAUAAAUGUCGAAGAUCAAAUAUUUGCGCAGGCUAUAAUUUCUCAUGAACAAGUUGCACAGUCGCCGAUGCGCUUUGAACUCAACGUUAACAUUGCGGACCCAGCCUUAGAGUUUGAAAAUUUCGAGCCGCAAUUGAAUAACAUAGCCCAAUUUUCUUUUUGGUCAAUGUUUUUAGAUGAUUUGCCUUUUGAACGAUUUGAACGUAGCUUAUUGUCGAAAGGUCUUCAGCUCAUGCACUCUCCCUCUGGCUGUCGGCUAUUAUCAGGGGCAGGGAACCGGGAGAUGAUGUUCUUCUUCGAGGCCGUCACUGCCAUGGCAAAUGCCAAUGGGAAGUCUGUCAACGCAAACGCUGCCAGUGCCAGACUUACUUUACAAACUUUAGACACGCUUCUCCCGAACCACCGACUAGAUUAUAGAAAUAAUGAAGCGACCAGCCUCUCACAAGAAAGGUCCGAGGUCGAAAUGUGUCGAAUACUUCUAUUCUCGGCAGCGAAUGGGUUUAGUGGUAUAAACGGCAUACCGCUCGAAGUCGUACCUAAAUUCCUUGAGCAGAAUAGCAACGUUGACAAGCUAUUGCCACACCUAUUCCACGACAAGCCAAAUCACGUCACAAAGGCCCUUGCAGAAAAUUUAUUUCGAUGCGAUAUCAAUGGGGUCGCAUUCACUGAUAACGACAAGCGUGGGUUUCGGAGACAUAAGACGCCACUAUUAAAGGCAAUCGAGACGAAGAAUCAACUCUUAGUCCAAUUCCUUAUAGAUCACGGCGCCCAAGUCAAUGAAAAAGCCGCUCGAGGAAUUAAAAGAACCCCUAUCCAAGCCGCAGCGGAACAGGGAAGUCUUGAUAUGGUAAAACUGCUUAUUCAAAAUGGUGCAGACGUGAACAACGAACCGGCAACUUUCCACGGUAGGACGGCGCUGCAAUGCGCUGCUAUGAGCGGGAAUUGCAACAUCGCCGCCCUGUUGCUGGAUUAUUGCGCGGAAAUAUCUACCUCUCCGUCUACAGUUAGUGGGCGGUGGCCCAUCGAAGCAGCAGCCGAGUAUGGUCGACUUGACAUGAUCGAAUUCCUCUGGAAUGCGAGCGGCGGGGUUGGUUUCCCGACGGAGCAAUGCCGCGAGGCGAUACGGCUUACGAAGGAAAAUGGCCAUAGCGCAUGCGCCGACUUGAUACGGGAACUGGCCGUUUCGAAUGGAAUUAUGCUUACGCUAGAAGGAUCUGAAUAG